AUUAUUAUAAUAAAAUGUUAUGUUUAAAUUGUGCGAAGAAACGAAAAUCGAUAUUGAAAAAGAUAAAAUUUAAAUAUUUUAAAAUUCUGGUAAGAACUAAAAUUUUCCGUUAACGAUUUUCUUUUAAUGAAAGAAGAACAUAUCGGAAACAAAAGAUAUAUAUGUAAAAAUGUAAUCGAUAAACAAUAAAAGCGUAACCUACGAAAUUCUUCCUUCUUAUUUCUUGAAUUUUUAUAGAUUUCUUUUAGUUUUAUAUUAUUACAAAUUUCAUUUAUUCGUUAAAAAAUUUAAAAUUUUUAAUAUUGAUCUUACUUAUGAUGGUUAUUUGGUAAUUAAAUUAUGUAUAUUAAUUAAUUUAAAACAGAAUAUGGAUAUUAAUAACAAGAAAAAAUAUUGCUCUGAUGUAAAAAAUGUAAAACAAUGGUUGCAUUCUACAAAAGAAAGAUGUGAUUCGUUAAAAUCUCAUAUGAAAUAUAUGAAGAUGUUAUAUCAUGAUAUGCCAAAAAUACAAGAAAAUAAAAAGACAUUGUAUAGUCCAAAUUGGAAAGAUUCUAAAAUUAAGACUUCUAAUAAUGAUCAAACUAUAAUUUCCAAACAGAUGAAUUAUAAUAAUUCUUUGGAAAAUUAUUCUGAUAUUGAAUACAAUAUAAUUCACAAGGAUGAACCUAUAACAUCAAGUUUAGUAAAUAUUAUAUCAAAAAUUAAUCUACAAGAUAAAGAGGAAGAAAAACUACAAAAUUUUGAUAAACAGAAAGCAGCAGGAAUUGAAGUUUCUUCAAUUACACCUCGAACGUAUGAUAUUCAAAAUAUACAUAUACAAUCAAAAUCAUUAUUACCAAUUCAGAAAGAAAACAUGGUAUGUGAAGAACACAAUCACAAUUGGCAACUCCCAUAUCAAAAGCAUUUAACAGAAUAUUCUACAGAAUUGAUAGAAAAUAUUGAAUGUUCAAACAAAUCAUUUGAACAAUUAAUUCUGGAUAAUCAAAAUGAUUAUAUACUUCAAGAAUCACCAUCUAUAAGAGAUAAUAUAAAACUGAAUAUUUCUGGUAAUUUAAAAGAUGGACCCAGUGAUAAAAAUAAAAUUUCUGUAAGAAAUGAGAAAAAAGAAAGAGCAAUUUCUUCAGCAUUAUCAAGCAAAAAAGGUUCUUUAUGUAAGCUAGAUGAUAUUGUUUCAUUGAAAAAGAAACGAAGAAGAAAAAUAAAUUGUUCUAAUUCAAGGAGUACUGUAACCACAAGAGAAACAGUUCUUUUAGGAAAAAAGGAUACAAAAAGACGAAAACAAAAAAAUAGUGUAAGUAAUCGUCAUACAUUCAAGUCUCAACAAGCAUCUAAUGAAGUAGUGGAAAUUUAUCAUAAUACUGCAGCAAAAAGUGGUAGCACAUCUGCUAUUCCUAGUAAACAUUCAAAACUUGAACAUCAUAUGAACUAUAUUAACAUAUUAAAAUCUUCAGCUAUAAAUAAACGACAGAAUAUGUCUAUAAAUCCAAAAUGUGAAAGUAAUAAUUAUGCAAAUACUUGUGAUACUAAUAUAGAUGGUCUUCAAAAUUGUUCCCAAAGACAAUAUCAAUCUGGACAGAAAGUAGAAGGAAAAAAUACAAUUACUAAUGAUCUAAAUUAUAAUUUGGAGGUUUCAACCACUCCCUUAUGUACUAUGGAAAAAUACAAUUCACAUCAGUGUCAACAUGCAAUUAUACAAGCAUCAUAUUGUAAUCCAAUAAUUACUCAUAAUUAUGAAAUGCCAACUUUAGCUUCAAAAUUGAAAAGAGCAAAUCGAUCAUAUUUCAGUAGAUUCAAUUUUCGAAAUAUACCUUUUGUAGUGGGUACUUCUGUAACCCCAAGUCAUAAUUUAGGUUUAAAUAUACAACAAGUUUUAAGUAUAAUGAAAACAAGACAAACUGCUACGACUGGAAUUACUCCUCUUCUUAUUCGUAAAAUUAGUAGAGGUAUGAAACCUGCAUCUAUUCUUAUAGAACAAAUAAAUGAUCAACAGAGUAAACUAUCUCAUAUGAAUUCCCAAAUGAAUUCUCAAAUGAAUGCACAUAUACAAAAAGAAAAUUUAUUUAUGGGUAAAGGUGAACACUUAUUAGAAAAUGAAAAUAUGUUUUUGAAAGGAGUAAGUAAUGUAAAUUUAAAUGUAAAUAUAAAAUCAAGUCUUGAACAAUAUCAAAAUAUACAACAAAAAAUUAAUGGCGAUAUAAAUAAAUAUGAAAACCUUCAUAAAAAAAAGGAUACUAAGUCAGAAAAUCAAUUAAAUACAUUAAAUACAGCACAGAUAUUACAUGCAACAGAUAAUAAAAUGUUAAAAUUAUUUGCUUCUCAUCAAAAUGUAAAUUCUAAAAUGGAAAAUCCAGAGAUACAGUCAAAAAUUUAUCAGGUGAAGUCUUGCAAAAUAAUAGAUUGUUUGAGAAUAUUAAUUUAAAACAAAUUAUAGGGUAGUAUAUGUGAUAAACACAAUUCCAAUACGACAAUAGUUAAUCAUUCUCAAGAUUCAAAAGGAAUACAAGAAGUUCUUAUUAAUCUUCAUGACCAAUUUGAAGAAAUGAACACGAGAUAUGAAAGAUUACAAACAAAAGCAAAAAAAUACAGUGAUAAAGAGUUAGAAGAAGAAAUAUUACAUUUAGAGAAAGAAUUAAGUAUUAAAGAAGCUGAAAUAAAUGCUGUUGUUAAUUUAUAUAAAGAGGUAAUGGCAUUGAAACAUCAAAUGAGAUUGUUACAAAAAAAGAAUAGCUAUGUUUGUAUAUCAACUGAAAUUCCAUUGGGUUCAGAUAAAUUAUAUACAACUGUUCCAUUUACAUCAACUAAAUCUAAUGGAUCGAAUUUUCAACAUAAAUCUCUUCAUAAAAGAGGAAAUAGUAUUAUUGCAAGGGAACCUACUUCACUUCGUUUAGCCGGACUUUUACGGCAAAUUCAAACAUUUCAAAAACAAUUAAAACUGAUGUCGUGGUAAUAGUGUAUUUUAGUGAAUCACAUUUAAUACAUAAGCUGAAAUUAUUAACAAAUUUGUUAUAUGAUAUUUAUUGAAAUGAUUGUUUAUGUAAUAUCAUAUUAAAUGAUGGUCUAAAAUUUGAUCAAAAAAUGAUAAUAACAUAUAAAGUAUAAAACAAAUAAAAUUUGUAAUAAUUUUUCUUAAGUAAACAUUUGUGUUGUGUAGUAGAAGAUUUGUCAUUUAUCAUUAUAUUAUUUAAAAAAAUAUAAUGAUAAUUUAUAUUAUAUUAAGAAUUUUGUUAGGGUUAUUCUGUAUAAUAGAAAUCAUAUUUUUAGUAGACCAUAUAUUUCUUUUAUUCAAUUCUGUGUGCUACUUGUUAUAAUGAAUAGAUUUGUAUAGUUUUAUAUAUUUAUUUACGCAUCUACUUUAUAUAGUUAUAUCGUUUACACAUAUAUACAUAAUAAGUUUUCAAAUGUUUUCAAAUAUUGCAGAAUAAUUAAAAUUAUUUUAGUAUAUAAAUCUUUACCUGUUUUUUAAUUUUGUUUUUAAUAUGAUGUUUUUAAUAGAUAUACCAUCAAGACUAUUUCUUUUUUUCUAUGCAACAUUCGUAACAAUAACUUAUUUCUCAUAAUUAAGAAAUUUUAAUCAAUUACUAACAAAAAUAUUAAUCUCACAAGUAACUACACAGCUACAGAAAAUUA